AUGAAUCCUCCUAGCAAUCCCUCCCGGCUCCUCAGCCUCCCAGAAGAGCUCCGCCUCCUAAUCUGGCACUUCACCGUCGUCAAAGCCUUCCCAAUCACAAUCACACACCAAGGCCACCGGUCCUCCACUCCCCAAGCCGCCCAACCCCCCAAAGAGAUCCAAAAAUCAUCAACACUCACGCCCGCCCUAACCUGCCGCCAACUCAAUCACGAAAUCCGCCGCAUCUACUACACCCACAACACGUUCCACAUACUCAUCUCCUUCCUACCCUCUCUCCCGCACAAAACCACUCACAUCGUAUCCGAUCCCGUCCCCAUUACAUGGCCGCAAUCUCUCCCCUGGUUCACCACCAUCGGCACGAAGAACCUCAAGCUCAUUCAACAACUCAACAUCGAACUCAUCCCCCCCACCCUAGCUAACGAGACUGAGGAGGAACUCGAUAGCGUUGCUCCUGGAUUGCCGGAGAGUACGUACUCCAAUGAUCUUCUGGAGGGUGAAAUUGGGGAGCCGGGGUUGAAUCUCGCGAGGGCGCAUUUGCUGCUGCUUAAUGUGAGGGAGAUCUUGCCGCAUGGGUUGCCGAUUCCGUUGGAGGUGUGGCAGGGGGGACGGAGGGUGAUGACUUUGGAUGAGGAGGGAAGAAAGGUGGUGCAUUAG